UGCCCCCUGGGAGGCGCGAGCGCAGUUGAUGUUAGCCAUGGAAACGCGAGCGGUCCUGGAGGCCCCGGGUCAGCUGCUGGCGUCGCCGCAUCCAUCGUGGGGCGGGAGCUCCCAACCGACCUCCCCAGGGGAGAUGUGGUCCCGGGACGCCCUCGCGUCGCCUUUCCCCUCGGAUGACUCCAGAUACUGCUGGUUAUGAAAAAGAUGUGACUUAUAGACCAGUCCUGAAUGGGAAGUAUGAGUCCAGAUGUCCCUCUGCUAAAUGAUUACAAACAGGACUUCCUGCUGAAGCGUUUUCCACAGACUGUUCUUGGAGGCCCUCGACUCAAAUUAGGCUAUUGUGCCCCUCCUUACAUAUACGUUAAUCAGAUUGUCCUUUUCCUGAUGCCAUGGGCCUUAGGUGGAACAGGAACGCUUCUAUACCAGCUGGACAUCCUGAGAGACUACUCGGCGGCAGCUCUCUCAGGAGGACUGAUGGUGAUCACAGCAGCUGUCAUCCAGCUAACCAGUGCGCACGCCAAGAGCAAGUCGGUGGUGGUCAAAAGGAUGACAGCCCGGAACAUCUUAGCAGAGGAAGACGAGCACGAGUUUACAAGUUGUGCUGGUGCUGAGACUGUCAGAUUUCUGAUUCCUGGGAAAAAAUACGUGGCCAAUACAGUUUUCCAUUCUGUUCUUGCCGGGUUGGUGUGUGGUCUUGGAACAUGGUAUGUGCUCCCAAACAGAAUUACCUUGCUGUAUGGCAGCCCCGGGGCAACUGCUGCUCUUUUUGUCUUUGGGUGGCUAACCCUUUGCAUAGCAGAAUAUUCACUAAUUGUAAACACCGCCACAGAGACCGCAACAUUUCAGACCCAGGAUACCUACGAAAUCACUCCUCUCCUGCGACCACUGUAUAUUUUUUUCUUUGUUUCUGUGGACCUUGCACACAGGUUUAUUGUAAAUAUACCAGCUCUAGAGCAAGUGAAUCAGAUUCUGCACAUCUUGUUUGUGUUACUGCCUUUCCUCUGGGCACUUGGGACUCUCCCCCCACCCGACGCCCUUUUCUUCUGGGCAGUGGAGCAGGUUUUAGAAUUUGGUCUUGGAGGCUCAUCCAUGUCAUCUCACCUACGGUUAUUGGCAAUGUUCAUCACUUCUGCUGGAACACCUGUCGCGUCCUACUUCAUCCCCAGCACCGUUGGUGUGGUGCUUUUCAUGACUGGACUUGGAUUCUUACUGAGUCUUAACCUAAGUGACCUGAGUUUGGUCUUCAGGCACGGUGUGGCCAGGCCCAGAGUAGAAAGGGGUCCCGAGGCUUUCCCAGGCAACUGUGGACAUCGGUUCGGGAGGAAGGAAUGCCUUCUGUGCACCGUUGUGCUGGGUGUGGCUCUUCUAGAGGCAGGGCUGCUGCAUCACCACGCCAGCGUCUCCCAGGUUUCCAGAAGCAGCUCUCAGUCCAUCUUGGGCUAUGUUCUGAUGGCGUUACUUUCAAUACUGUGGAUACUGGGAGAAACUCAAAGCAUCUACAUCUUCGGAAUUUUUCGAAACCCUUUUUAUCCAAAGAAUAUACAAGCUGUGUCUGUAUUCUCCGAAAAGCAGAACAAGCUCCUGAAGAUUGGGGUGGUCAGGUGGAUCUUGCUAACUAUAGUGUCUCCUUUGGCUAUGGUGGCCUUCCUAGCACUGGAUAGCUCCUUACAUGGGCUGUACUCUGUGACUGUCUCCAUCGGAUUCACCAGGGCUUUCAGAACGGUGUGGCAGAACACAGAAAAUGCUUUACUAGAGACUGUGAUUGUGUGGGCAAUCUGCAUGGUAUCCCACACAGACUGCUGGUGGAACAGGAGCCUUAAUACGGGCAUGAGACUGUUAUUGGUUGGUGUCAUGCGAGACCGUGUGCUUCAGUUCAUCACUAAAUUGCAGUUUGCCAUGACUGUACUCUUGGCAUCCUGGACAGAAAAAAAACAGCACAGAAAAACAACAACAACGCUGUGUGUCCUCAACACUGUGUUUGCUCCCUUUGUGUUGGUUAUUAUCGCUUUCUCAGCACUGCUGUCAUCCCCUCUACUGCCCCUCUUCACCCUUCCUGUCUUCCUGGUGGGGUUUCCUCGUCCGGCUCAGAGCUGGCCAGGAGCGGUGGGCACCACGGCCUGCGUGUGCACAGACACGGUGUUCUACCAGCAGAUGGUCCCCCGGUUGACCGCCGCACUGCAGACUGCAAUGGCAGCUGGAAGUUUCGGCCCCCUCCUCCCUGGCUCUCAUUACUUGGGCCGUUUUGAGGAUCGUCUAAUAUGGAUAAUGGUCCUCGAGCGUGGCUAUUCCUACUGCUGCGUUAAUGUGAAGGGGUUAGAACUACAGGAGACAUCCUGCCACACUGCUGAAGCCCAGAGAGUAGACGAAGUGUUUGAAAGUGCUUUUCAGCAAGAACCCCCCCGAACGUGGUCCCUCAAUGAGCACGUGGGCAAUGUGUUGACGCCGUGUGCUGUUUUGCCUGUGAAACUGUACUCUGAUGCCAAGAGUGUCCUAACUGGCAUAAUUGAUUCUCAUGAAAACUUGCAGGAAUUUAGAGAUGACCUUGUGAAAGUGCUUGUGUGGGUGCUUAUUCAGCACUGCUCUAAAAGGCCCAGCCUGCAGGAGAAUAUUCAUAGAACUGAAAAUAACAGAGAAGCCUUACCAGUGGUCCUGCCUGCCUUGAACACAUCACCGUGCCCCAAAUCCCUGGAAGACUCAGAUAGUUUAAAUUCAGACACUUUCCAUGACUGGUCUGAUGAUUGUAUUUUUGAUGAUGAACCAACUAUCAAAAACAAAAAAGAAAAACUUCAGUUCAAAGAUCGACCAGGAACCAAUCUGCCCAUUCCAGGGUCAGUAGACUCCCAGAGUGCAGAUGACCGUUCCACAAGCACAGGUCCCCAGAAUGACCUGUACAGGACGAUGUUGUUGGGAUUCCCUGCUGUUGACAAGGGCCAACGAGAAGACAUGGCGUCCAUCCCUCUCGUGGAGUUCAGUUGUUCACAGUCUCACUUGCUGAGUGUACCUGAAGAGUGGAGGUCUAACUGUACACCCCAUUCCAGAAUAAUGGAGGCAAGCCCCUUGUUUCCAGAAGACUGGUAUCAGUUCGUUCUAAGACAGGUAGAGUGUUUUCACUCAGAGGAAAAGUCAGAUGUACUGGAAGAAAUCGCAAAGGAUAAAGCUUUAAAAGCCGUGUAUGUCCAUACAGUGAUGGCGUGUUAUAUUGGUUUAUUUGGAAUAGACAACAUGGUGCCUAGUCCUGGUCAAAUAGUGAGAGUCUACAAUGGUGGCUUACCCUGCUCUGGCACCUUGGAUUGGCUCUCAGAAAAACCAGAACUCUUCCAACUAGUUCAGAAAGCAUUCAGGUAUACACUGAAACUAAUGGUUGAUAAAGCAAGUUUGGGUCCGAUAGAAGACUUUAAAGAACUGAUCGACUGCCUCAGAGAAUACGAGAGGGACUGGUACAUUGGUUUAGUGACUGAAGAGCAGUGGAAAGAAGCAAUUCUAGAAGAAAAGCCAUGCUUGUUUUCCCUGGGCUAUGAGUCUAGUAUGGUAAGGCAUUUUCAUGAAUAAACUUUAAAGAUUGGGAAAGGUACAA